UCCCAGUGUCUUCCCCCGGGAGGAUUCCAAUCGAUUCGUUCUUGCCUUGGCAGCCUUUCCUGCCAGCGGACGGCCAUAUUACCUGGAGUCUGGGAGAGUGAGAAGAGAAGGGACGGGCGACAUCGGUUUCAGGGCCGCCCCGGGGGCCUCAAGAGCCGGAGGCAGCCCCUGAGGUGGUCCUUGAUUCCGGGCCCUGCUCUUGGACCCGCGAAGGAAAGGCGGGGGUCGGCGAGGGCAAAAUAAGAGGGAAUGCCAAGAAAGAUUGCUAGGCUCCCGCGGGCGGACACGCCGGAGAAGGUACCGGAGGCCAGGGAAUGGCCGCGGUGUGGCAGCAGGUCUUAGCAGUGGACGCGAGGUACAACGCGUACCGCACGCCAACCUUUCCACAGUUCCGGACACAAUACAUCCGGCGGCGCAGCCAGCUGCUGCGGGAGAAUGCCAAGGCUGGGCACCCCCCAGCACUGCGUCGACAGUACCUGAGGCUGCGUGGGCAGUUGCUGGGCCAGCGUUACGGACCCCUCUCCGAGCCAGGCAGUGCUCGUGCCUAUAGCAACAGCAUCAUACGCAGCAGCCGCACAACCCUUGACCGCAUGGAGGACUUUGAAGAUGAUCCCCGAGCUCUGGGGGCCCGUGGGCACCGCCGUUCUGUCAGCCGUGGCUCCUACCAGCUGCAGGCACAGAUGAAUCGUGCUGUCUAUGAGGACAGGCCUCCUGGCAGUGUGGUGCCCACGUCAGCAGCAGAGGCAAGUCGAGCCAUGGCUGGGGACACAUCGCUGAGCGAGAACUACGCCUUUGCUGGCAUGUACCAUGUUUUUGACCAGCACGUGGACGAGGCAGUCCCAAGGGUGCGCUUCGCCAAUGAUGACCGGCACCGCCUAGCCUGCUGCUCACUUGAUGGCAGUAUCUCACUGUGCCAGCUGGUGCCUGCCCCACCCACUGUACUCCGUGUGCUGCGGGGCCACACCCGUGGUGUCUCCGACUUUGCUUGGUCUCUCUCCAAUGACAUCCUCGUGUCCACCUCGCUUGAUGCCACCAUGCGUAUUUGGGCCUCUGAGGAUGGCCGCUGCAUCCGUGAGAUCCCUGACCCUGAUGGCGCUGAACUGCUCUGCUGCACCUUCCAGCCUGUCAACAACAACCUCACUGUGGUGGGGAAUGCCAAACACAACGUUCAUGUGAUGAACAUCUCCACGGGCAAGAAAGUGAAGGGUGGCUCCAGCAAGCUGACAGGCCGUGUCCUUGCUCUGUCCUUCGAUGCUCCUGGCCGGCUGCUCUGGGCUGGCGAUGACCGCGGCAGUGUUUUCUCCUUCCUCUUCGACAUGGCCACAGGGAAACUGACCAAAGCCAAGCGUCUGGUGGUGCACGAGGGUAGUCCUGUGACCAGCAUCUCUGCCCGUUCUUGGGUCAGCCGUGAAGCUCGGGACCCCUCCCUUCUCAUCAAUGCUUGUCUCAACAAGCUGCUGCUCUACAGGGUGGUGGACAACGAAGGGACCCUACAGCUGAAGAGGAGCUUCCCCAUUGAGCAGAGCUCACACCCCGUGCGCAGCAUCUUCUGCCCCCUCAUGUCCUUCCGCCAGGGGGCCUGUGUGGCAGCCUCAUGCAGAGACUCACAUCUCUAAACAACUCAGAGAACUCACGAUUUGAACACAACCACCCGCCCCCGCCGCCACCUACAGCUCAGACACGUCACAACCUGAGAGACAGAUCCCCAAAGAGCACAGACCCCUCACAUUCUGGACACCUCCAAACCUCCAAACCACUCUGGGACCUCACACUUUAGACUAAAUCUCCCGACACCUCAGAGACUUCACACCUGGGCAACCUCAAUCGUUCUGAUGCCCUCUCCCUCUCAUCUGGGCAGUGACGGGCAGUGAGGACAUGUGUGUGCACUUCUUUGAUGUGGAGCGGGCAGCCAAGGCUGCCGUCAACAAGCUGCAGGGCCACAGUGCACCUGUGCUUGAUGUCAGCUUCAAC